CACCUCAGCUUCAUCCAACAGUAUUCCUUCCUUCCGUCGAACGCCGGAGAAUCAGACAAUCAAAUAAUAUGUCGCCGGAAAGCUUAUUAGCCUCUGCAGGAAUCAACAUAGGCCUUGCGAUCGUCAUCCUCUGCCUCUACUCCGUCUUCCGGAAACAGCAUUCCAAUGCCAACAUAUACUACCCCCGUCGUCUCUCUCUUAACCAUCCCAUUUCAUUCGAUCGCUCAUUCACCCUUCGCCGCUUUCUUCCCUCCUUUGAUUGGAUCUCUGAAGCGGUUAGGGUUUCCGAGGACCAAAUUCUCACUACCUGCGGCCUUGAUGCACUUGUUGUUAUACGAUUCUUCAAAUUUGGGAUGAAGUUUUUUGCGGUGUGUUCUGUGGUGGGAUUGAUGGUUCUUCUGCCAGUCAACUGUUCUGUUUCUUCUGAUUUGUCUCCAACCUCGCGUUCCAUGGAUACUCUCACAAUUUCAAAUGUUCCUAAAGGAUCAAACAGGCUUUGGGUACACUUUUCAUCGUUGUGCUUUAUAUCUUUUACGGGAAUAUAUCUGCUUCACCAGGAAUACAAGAUUGUUCUUGUGAAAAGAGUUCAACAAUUGCGUAACCGGAGGAAUCAACCUAGUCAACUCACUGUUCUGGUUCGACAAGUUCCGUUAUGUGACGAACACAAAACAUUUAGUUGCAAUGUCGAUCAUUUCUUCUCUAAGUAUCAUCCUCAUGCUUAUCAUUCUUAUCAGAUUCUAUACGGUGAAAACCAUCUUGAGGAGUUGCCGGUUGCUUUUGUUACAUUUCGGUCUCGUUGGGAUGCUUCACUUGCUUCUCAAACACAACAGCAUCCAAAUCCAUUAUUGUGGAUCUCUCAAAUGGCACCAGAACCUAGAGAUGUAUUUUGGAAGAAUUUAGCGGUCCCUUAUAAGCAUGUGAUAAUUUACAGAUUCGCGGUUCUUAUUGCAGAAAUUAUUUUCAGUAUAUUCUUUGCUAUUCCCGUAUCUGCGGUCCAAGGAAUAGCACAGUUUGAAAAACUAAAGAAAUGGUUUCCUCCAGCCAUGGCUGUCCAAUUAAUACCCGGAUUGAGCUCCGUUAUUACAGGAUAUCUUCCUAGUGUUAUUCUCAGCGGGUUUCUUUAUGUUGUUCCGUUUGUUAUGAAAGGAAUGGCGGGAGUAGCGGGCUGUGUUUCAAUAAGUGAACAAGAACAAAAAGCUAGUAACAUGGUUUUCUACUUUCUAAUGGCGAACGUCUUUUUCAUGAGUGUUUUAUCGGGCUCUUUACUUGAUCAAAUCGGAAAAUCUUUCAAUAACCCACGGGAUGUCCCGAGUCGUCUCGCAGGGGCCGUCUCUGCUCGUGCAGACUUCUUUAUCACGUAUGUUUUGACGAGCGCGUUGGCUGGAUUUCCUCUUGAGAUACUUCAGCCCGGAUUACUUACAUGGGAGACUAUGAAACUGCAUACGUGGGCCCGAGGAAGAAAGAAAUCUAAUUACCUUUCUUCAUUUCCUUAUCAUAGAGUUAUUCCAUUUGUUUCUCUUUUUGUACUUAUUGGCAUCGUAUACGCAGUCAUUGCACCGUUACUUCUUCCAUUCCUAGUCGUCUAUUUUCUUCUUGGCUACGUUGUAUACAUCAAUCAGUUGCUUGAUGUGUAUGAAACAACAUACGAGACAUGUGGUCAGUAUUGGCCUCACCUCCAUCAUCAUGUUGUUGUAGCCAUCAUCAUCAUGCAAAUUACCAUGAUUGGGUUUUUUGGGCUGAAAUUAAAGCCUGCUGCAUCUAUCGCCACAUUAUUACUCCUUGUUGCCACUGUAGCUUACAACGAGUAUUGCAAGAUCCGUUUUCUUCCUACAUUUUACAAAUGCUCUGUCCAGGAUGCCAAAGAUAGUGACGAACUUGACAAAGAUGACGCGUGUGACAUUUAUCGUGAAAGAGAAAUAGAAGCCUAUCGUCCACCUUCCUUGCCUCAAACAUGUGACACGAUGGAAGAAUCAACCUCGACCUCGACACAACCAUUAUUGUUAACGACAUCUUAGUGACUCCUUUUCCCUUCUAUAAGAUAUAAGUGGCCCUCGGUUUUCCAAGGAUUAAAAGGUGGUAAGUCAUCUAUUUGCAUUUUUUCUUAACACUUUGGGUUCGUGACUCGGAACUUUACCGGCUUAAAACCGCAGAUUUUUGUUUUCUUUUGAUUCUUCUACGCCAUACUUGUAAUAACCUUAAUUGAACCCAAAAAUGUGCAAAUUUUGCUUAGCUCAA